AAUUUCCGGCACCAAAUUCUACAAAAUAAAAAGUCCAAUUAAGAAACCGAAUUCCACAAACACCAAAGAAUGAGUUUCCUAGCAGGGAGAUUAGCAGGAAAAGAAGGAGCUUUUUUCUUUGAAGAAUCCAAACACGCCGUUACUCGUUUAGCCCAAAAAAUCAAACCAACUUCCAAUUCUCCAACACCUGCAAAUCAAGAAUCACUUUCUUCUUCUCCUGAUGUUCUUCCUGAAAUUCUUAAACAUAAUUUACCUUCCAAGAUUUUCAAAUCUCAUGUUUCUGUAGAUUCUUCACUUUCUAAUAAUACUUCCAAAUGGGUUCUUCCUACUGAUUCUAAUAAGGUGAAUUGUGUAUCACCUGAUGCUCUUAAUCCUCUUAGAGCUUAUGUUUCUCUUCCCCAAGUCACCUUUGGCCCUAAAAGGUGGCAGUUGCCAAAUGCAGAAAAUUCUGUACAAGCCUCUACGGCAAAUGACUUGCGGCGCGAUAAAUACACACCUAUUAAUCCUGAAAAACUUAAAGCUGCAGCUAUGGGGAUGUCUCAAAUUGCGAAGGCAUUUGCUAUUGCCACUGCUCUUGUCUUUGGUGGUUCCGCCUUGACGUUUAGCUUGGCAGCAUCCAAGCUAGAGUUGCGCAAUUCUGAUGAUAUCCGGACCAAAGGGAAGGACAUCGUUCAGCCAAGAUUGGAGACAUUCAAAGAGCAGCUGAGUCCUUUAAGGAUUUGGGCUGAAGAGAAAUCGAAGAAAUGGCGCUUAGAGAAGGAAGAAAACAUUAAAGAGAAGCCUCUAAUAAAGGAGCUCUCUAAAAUACUGGGUGCCAAGUCGUCGAGCUAACGCCGAGGUAUGCAUGAGACACAUUCAUCAAAGGAUCUGUAAUUGUAGGUGGGAAGAUGUAGUAGAGGGAAUAAAUUGAUAGUUUGUUGUCGGAGUAAGGAAAUCGCUAGAUGGCUUCUGCUCUAAAACGUCUCGUUUUCUUCUUUCUCCCUGUGUAAUCUUGUAUAAUGUGGUCUGUCAGCAGGUAGAAUUUUCUAUGUAUCCUGCAGUAAUAGAUUUUCUGUGUAAAUGAAGCUGUAAGUGUAUAUGUAGCCUUUUGUCAAAUUCAUCUUUUGUGUGAGCUUUUAUCCAAUCAAGUCGCCUUUUCAUGUCGA